CCUUUUGGAUUCAUGACACAAGCACCCCCCAGUUUCUAGAGAUCUCAAAGUUGCAGGGACGGACAGAGAUCUCUCCUUCUUUACACUCACUCAAAUUCAGUUUCUAUUCAAACUUUACACUUGACCACCCGAUCCGAUUAAAAUCACUCAUUACAAAAAGAAAGAAUCAAAAAAUGGCAGCAACAGCAGGUGCGGCAGGGGGAUUCGUUACGCGCGCAUUUGAAUCAAUGCUGAAAGAAUGUUCUGGAAAGAAAUACACUUCUCUUCAAUCCGCUAUUCAAUCUUAUCUAGAAAAUUCAAAAGUGAUUAACAAAGCUGUGCCAUCAAGUGAUGCCAACACAGUGACAUCUUCAGAUGGAGAAGAUAAAAGUGAUGGAAGCGCAAAAACUGAAGUGGAGGCAAGUACAACACCUGCAGCUUCACAUGACACGGAGGAGGCAGAAAACAUUGGUGCUCCAGUAGGAAAUGUGAAGACGACCUUAGCAAGUGCUGGGCAUACUCUGGAAGGAGCUGAGUCAGAGCUUGUUCUUAAUCCCCUGCGGCUUGCGUAUGAGACCAAGAAUCCCAAAAUUAUUGAGCUUGCACUGGACUGUCUUCAUAAGCUCAUUGCGUAUGAUCAUCUAGAGGGAGAUCCUGGUCUAGAAAAUGGUAAAAAUGUUCCUCUGUUUACAGAUAUUCUUAAUAUGGUCUGUGGAUGUGUAGACAAUUCCUCACCAGAUAGUACAACUCUUCAAGUCUUGAAAGUGCUACUUACUGCUGUCGCAUCUGCCAAAUUUAGAGUUCAUGGGGAAGCACUGCUGGGUGUAAUUAGAGUGUGCUACAACAUCGCUCUUAAUAGCAAAAGCCCCAUCAACCAAGCCACAUCCAAGGCUAUGCUUACCCAAAUGAUCAGCAUAGUAUUCAGGCGAAUGGAAGCAGAUCUGAUGUCUUCAAAUACAAGAAGUGGCUCAUCCAUGAAGGUUGAGGAAAGUUCAUCAGGUGACGAGAAUGGUCAAAAGAAUGACACCCCGCUUGAGGAACUUCAUAAUCUUGCUGGUGGGACUGACAUAAAGGGCCUGGAGGCAGUUCUUGACAAGGCUGUGAAACUUGAAGAUGGCGGACAUUCUGCUCGUGGGAUUGACCAGGAGAGCAUGAGCAUUGGACAACGUGAUGCUUUGCUCCUUUUCCGUACCCUUUGCAAGAUGGGUAUGAAGGAAGAUAAUGAUGAAGUUACAACAAAGACACGCAUUCUGUCUCUUGAACUUCUACAGGGGUUAUUGGAGGGCGUUAGUCACUCCUUUACUAAGAACUUUACUAUCAUUGACUCCGUGAAAGCUUACCUAUCAUAUGUGUUACUACGCGCAUCGGUUUCGCAAUCCCCAGCCAUCUUUCAGUAUGCAACAGGAAUCUUUGCUGUGCUAUUGUUGCGUUUUAGAGAAAGCCUCAAGGUUGAAAUUGGUAUCUUCUUCCCGUUGAUUGUUUUGCGGUCUCUGGAUGGCUCAGAAUACCCACUCAACCUCAAAUUAAGCGUUCUCCGGAUGCUGGAAAAAGUUUGCAAAGAUCCACAAUUGCUAAUAGAUCUUUAUGUGAAUUAUGAUUGUGAUCUUGAUGCUCCAAAUUCAUUUGAAAAAAUGGUGACCUCCUUAUCAAGAAUUGCCCAAGGGACUCAAAGUGCGGAUCCAAAUUCGGUUAAUGCUGCACAAAUUGGUUCCAUUAAAGGCUCAUCACUUCAGUGCCUUGUGAGUGUGUUGAAAUCACUAGUUGAUUGGGAGAAGUUGCGUAGAGAGUCGAAGCUUAAUGAAGACCUAAAAGCUAUUAAGGAAGAUUCUUCAGCUGCAGAGUCUCAAGGCAACUUUGAGAAAGCCAAAGCUCAUAAAUCUACCUUGGAAGCUGCCAUAUCAGAGUUCAACCGCCAUCCUGUGAAGGGUAUCGAAUUUCUGAAAUCAAAUAGAUUGGUGGAGAAUACACCAGUUUCAGUUGCUCAAUUUCUCAGAAAUACACCUAGCUUGGAUAAGGCGAUGAUUGGCGAUUACUUGGGUCAACAUGAGGAAUUUCCUCUGGCGGUAAUGCAUGCUUAUGUUGAUUCUAUGAAAUUCUCCGAAAUGAAGUUUCAUACUGCGAUUCGUGAAUUUCUUAGAGGUUUCCGGCUUCCUGGUGAAGCACAAAAGAUAGAUCGUAUAAUGGAAAAGUUUGCUGAGCGUUACUGUGCAGAUAAUCCAGGCCUUUUCAAGAAUGCAGACACUGCUUAUGUUCUUGCGUAUGCAGUUAUUAUGCUAAACACUGAUGCUCAUAAUCCAAUGGUGUGGCCUAAAAUGACUAAACCCCAGUUUGUACGAAUGAACGCGGCAAAUGAUCCAGAAGAAAGUGCACCUAUAGAACUUUUGGAGGAAAUUUAUGAGUCUAUCGUUAAAGAAGAGAUAAAAAUGAAGGAUGACCCUGCAGGUUUGGGAAAAAGCAGCAAAAAGCCAGAAAUGGAGGAAAGAGGUGUGGGCAUUAUUGGUAUUCUUAAUUUGGCUCUCCCAAAACAGAAAAAUCAAGCUGAUACACAGUCCGAGAGUGAAGCUAUUAUUAAACAAACACAAGCAAUUUUUAGGAACCAAGGUGCAAAAAGGGGUACGUUUUAUACAUCACAUCAGAUUGAGCUUGUGCGACCCAUGGUAGAAAUUGUGGGGUGGCCACUUCUUGCUACAUUUGCAGUAAGUAUGGAGGAAAGGGAAAAUAAGACUAGAGUAUAUCUCUGUAUGGAAGGGUUUAAAGCUGGAAUUCACAUUACACAUGUGCUUGGAAUGGACACCAUGCGGUAUGCUCUUUUGACAUCACUCAUCAGAUACACUUUCUUACAUGCACCAAAAGAUAUGCGAAGCAAAAAUGUCGAAGCUUUACGGACUUUGCUGGAUAUAAGUGACUCAGAGCCUGAUGCACUUCAAGACACUUGGAAUGCAGUCUUGGAGUGCACCUCGCGUCUAGAGUAUACAGUAUCCACUCCUGCUAUGGCUGCUACAGUCAUGUUUGGAUCUAAUCAGAUCUCUAAGGAUGCAGUUCUUCAAUCCCUAAGGGAAUUGGCUGGGAAACCAUCUGAACAAGUUUUUGUAAAUAGCGUUAAACUUCCUAGUGAAUCGGUAGUCGAAUUCUUUACUGCUUUAUGUAAUGUCUCGGCUGAAGAGUUGAAGCAGAAUCCAGCCCGUGUUUAUAGCUUGCAAAAGCUUGUUGAGAUCAGCUAUUAUAAUAUGGCUCGUAUACGUAUGGUGUGGGCUAGAAUUUGGUCUGUUCUUGCUAAUCAUUUUAUAUCUGCUGGUAGCCAUCAUGAAGAGAAAAUAGCUAUGUAUGCUAUAGAUUCUCUAAGACAACUAGGGAUGAAAUACCUGGAGCGUGCAGAACUUGCCAAUUUCACAUUCCAAAAUGACAUCUUAAAACCAUUUGUUGUGCUUAUGCGAAAUACUCGGAGUGAAUCAAUACGAAGGUUGAUUGUCGAUUGCAUUGUUCAGAUGAUUAAAUCAAAAGUUGGAAGCAUCAAAUCUGGUUGGCGAAGUGUUUUCAUGAUUUUCACAGCUGCUGCAGAUGACAACUUAGAACCAAUCGUUGAAAGUGCUUUUGAGAAUGUAGAACAGGUUAUAUUGGAACACUUUGAUCAAGUUGUUGGUGACUGCUUUAUGGACUGUGUCAAUUGUCUGAUUGGAUUUGCUAACAAUAAAACUUCUCAUCGCAUCAGUUUGAAGGCGAUUGCCCUUCUCCGCAUAUGUGAGGACCGACUUGCAGAGGGCCUUGUGCCUGGUGGCAGGUUGAAGCCCAUCGAUGACAAUGCAGAUGCAACUAGUGAUAUCACUGAGCACUAUUGGUUCCCAAUGCUGGCUGGUCUGUCUGACCUGACAUCUGACACACGACCGGAAGUCAGCAACUGUGCACUAGAGGUAUUGUUUGACCUAUUGAAUGAGAGGGGAAGCAAAUUUUCAUCAAACUUCUGGGAAAGUAUAUUCCAGCGUGUUCUAUUUCCUAUCUUUGAUCACGUGAGACAUGCUGGAAAAGAGACUACAUCUUUUGGAGAUGAGUGGAUUCGUGAAACUAGUGUUCAUUCAUUACAGCUGUUAUGCAACCUCUUCAAUACAUUUUACAAGGAGGUAUGUUUCAUGUUGCCCCCACUGUUAAAUCUGCUGUUAGAUUGUGCUAAAAAGACGGAUCAAUCGGUGGCGUCAAUAUCCCUUGCUGCAUUGGUCCACCUUAUUGAAGUUGGCGGACACCAGUUUAGCGACAGUGAUUGGGAUACCUUGUUAAAAAGCAUAAGAGAUGCUUCAUACACCACUCAACCCCUCGAGCUACUCAAUGCUUUGGGUAUCGAAAGUGGGAAGACUCGGCCGGUUAUGGCUAUAGAUUUAGAGGUUCCAGCAAAUGAUAAUUCCCCAGCCAUGUCUGCUAAUGUUCAAGACAGUCAAGAAGGAAGGCCAUCAAUGGAUCUGCAAGAACAUGAAGGUCAAACACCUUCACCCGGAAAGCUCCAGAAAGCUUCUGAAGCUGUAGAUUUGCAAAGAAGUCAAACAAUAAGCCAACGACUAAUGGGAAACAUGAUGGAUAACCUUUUCACUAGAACUUUCACCUCUAAACCCAAGAAUCCGACAUUAGAUUCUGCCAUACCAGCUUCCCCCUCCAAGUCUCUGGAUGUUGUGGAACAAGAUGCCGAGGAUAUGACAGAAAGUCCAUUUAUGGGAACCGUAAGGGGAAAAUGUGUGACACAACUGCUACUACUAGGGGCCCUUGAUAGCAUCCAGAAAAGGUAUUGGAGCAAGUUAAAGGCAUAUCAAAAGAUCGCCAUAUUGGAAAUUUUGUUUUCCAUGUUAGAGUUUUCUGCAUCAUAUAAUUCAUACACUAAUCUCAGACUACGUAUGCAACACAUUUCUUCUGAAAGGCCGCCUUUGAACCUUUUACGCCAGGAGUUAGCUGGGACUAGCAUUUAUCUAGAUGCAUUACAGAAAACAACUUCUGGGAUUGAUCCAAAUCAGAAGGGAGAUAUAGAUACGACCGAUUCUCGUGACGAAGAUGAUGCUACAGUAAAGACUGCUGCUGAAGAGAAACUGGUAUCUUUCUGUGGACAUGUGCUUAAGGAAGCAUCUGAUUUCCAAUCGAGUAUUGGAGAGAGUAAUAACAUGGAGAUUCAUCAAGUGCUUGGAUUACGAUCCCCGGUCAUCGUUACGGUUCUUAAAGGAAUGUGUGUAAUGGACAAUCAGAUAUUCAAGAAACACCUCAGGAGUUUCUAUCCUUUAAUUACCAAGCUUGUAUGCUGUGAGCAGAUGGACAUUCGUGGUGCACUUGCCGAGCUGUUCAGCAUGCAACUCAAUGGACUUGUGCAAUAGAAAUCCAUACUAGCUAUUAACAUUCAACAGUCACUGAGCGCUUAGAAGCAACAUAUAACCUGUGAUAUAUCAUUUUUUGUCUAUUAUACGGGACUAUUCUUUUAGUGUUUUAUGGCAUAUACAAGUGGUUAGAAGUUCAUUUGUUGUAUAUUUGCAUAGAUACAAAAUGGCAUGCAGUUUUUCAAAUGUUGUAGCACAUGUUUGUCGUACCAAGAAUGGACAUGAAGCCUUCAAAUCAAAUGCUGAAAUGGUUAUGAUAUCAAACCUUCUAUUAAAUAUCAUGAGAUUUGACAAACAAA